AUUCUGCAAAAAUUCAUCGGAACAAAAUGGAGUUUAAGGAUCAGAAAACGUUGCUACUGUCGAAAUCUGGUGACGACGAUGACCAAUGGCACGUCUCUUCCCCGAUGACCAGAAAAGGCGUCUAUGCCGCCAUCUCCUACAUGGCUUGUGCAGUUCUCUUGAUAUUAUUCAACAAAGCUGCUCUUUCUUCAUAUAAAUUUCCAUGUGCCAAUGUCAUUACUCUUUUCCAGAUGACGUGUUCGUCGAUCCUUCUUUACGCAUUGAGAUACCGAAAAAUCAUCUCUUUUAGAGUCGAUAGCGAAAACCAUAGCACAAAAAACGCCCCGAUGAUGUUCGUACCAUCAAAUACAUUAAUUACAACCCUUCCUCUCGCAAUCUCGUAUCUACUAUACAUGUUGGUUUCAAUGGAAUCCGUUCGUGGCGUAAGCGUGCCCAUGUACACCACCCUUAGACGAACGACUGUAGCAUUUACAAUGCUCGUAGAGUAUGUUUUGGCUCGACAAAGAUAUUCUCUUGGUAUCGUUGGCAGUGUAGGGAUAAUCAUACUCGGUGCUUUCAUAGCCGGAGCUCGGGAUUUGUCGUUCGAUUCCUAUGCCUAUAUAGUCAUUUUCUCGGCAAACAUUUGUAGUGCAGUAUAUCUAGCUUCCAUAGCUCGAAUCGGAAAAUCUAGCGGUUUGAAUAGUUUCGGGCUUAUGUGGUGCAAUGGUUUAAUCUGUACUCCGGUCUUGUUACUGUGGACAUGGGUUUGCGGUGAUCUCGAAGUCACCGCAAACUUCUCGCACUUGCUAUCGCCCGGAUUUCAGGUUGUGAUGCUUCUCUCGUGUGUUAUGGCUUUCCUUUUGAAUUAUGUGGUUUUUCUGAACACAACUCUAAACUCCGCGCUUACACAAACGAUAUGUGGCAACUUAAAGGAUCUUUUCACCAUUGGAUUUGGUUGGCUUCUCUUCGGCGGUCUUCCAUUUGAUCCGUUGAAUGUCAUGGGCCAGUCUCUCGGGUUUCUUGGAUCUUGUAUCUACGCCUUUUGCAAAAUCAAAGGGUUGUAACUUGUAAAGACAACGCAAUCUUUGCUAAAGACGAUUCUUACCAUACAAGGUUCAUGUAUAGCUUCGAAUGGCAAUUUUGUUUUAUAAAAAGCUGAAUGUCGUUUAAGAUAACGUAUGUUGUAUUUGUUUAUCUUUUUUAUGAAUCAGUGAAAUGUUCAAUCAUUUAUUCAGAUAUAUUUUCAUUAAGACCG